AGGAGUGGAGGUAUCUUCUGGAAGGUUCUAUUCUGCCAGUCAUAAUUUACACCCAUCACAAGAACCUGACCUACUUGCAAAUGGCUCAAUUCUUGUCAGGCUCAUUGGCCUUUCUUCUUUGCUUGAUUUCAGUUCCGGCCCGCUGACAAAAUACUAAGGCUGAUGCUCUCUCCAGGGCCUUUCAAAACCACAGAUACAGAAGACGAGCCCCAGUUCAUCAUUGAACCAACUAAAGUAGUCCCAGUGGCUCCAGUUACCUGUCCAAGGUCUCCCCAGGUAAGAUCUUUGUUCUAGAGUCUGAACGCAAUGCUGUGGGGACAUAUGUCCAAGAUUGCUGGCCAUCCAGAUCAAUGUGGGACCUUGAAUCUCAUCUUCUGACAUUACUGGUGGCCAUUCAUGUCAAUGGAUAUUAGAGACUUUGUGGCUUCCUGUGCCUUUUGUGCCCAAAACAAGUCACCUAGGUUGAAGCCUGCAAGUCUAUUAUUUCCACUGCCAGUGCCUGAGGUCCCCUGGCAGCAUAUUUGUAUGGACUUUGUGACCGAUUUACCUGUGUCUAAUGGUUGCACAGUCAUCUGGGUUGUCGUUUUAGUCUGCUUCCAGGUCUGCCAUCUGCUGCCCGUCUGGCUGAGCUAUUCAUUCUUAAUGUUUUCCGCCUGCAUGGAUUUCCUCGCCACAUCAUCUUGGAUAGAGGUGAAAGGUUCACCUCCCGCUUCUGGAGAUCUUUAUGUAAGUCUCUGAAUGUGUCUUUAGACUUAUCCUCUGCUUACCACCCACAGUCUAACGGCCAGGUGGAGCGCAUUAACCAAAAACUGGUCAACUUCCUACGACACUUCACCCUUUGCCCUUUAGGACGAUUGGGUAAAUCAUCUUCCCUGGGCGAAGUUUGCUCAGAACUAUUGCGCCAGCCAAGCCACAGGUUAUGCAAAGGCACUUCACAGAACCCUCCUCCUGUCACUAUGGAUGAUUAAUUCGAAGUCAAGGACAUCCUCGACAGGAGGAUCAUCAGGGACUGAGGAAUACAAAAAUAACUUAAAAUCACCAGAGAGCAACAGUAACCCAGUUUUCAGACGCUACCUGCGCAAGAUGCUAAACGAGGCUGAACGUUUUGGGCUUCCAGAAGACUCCAGUUCCGAAGUCUAUUAUAACGCUGAGAUGGUCCUUACAAAACAGAUGGUUGUUGAGAUUCAGAAAUUCAUUGAUGAUGAAGACUGGAAUGUGGGAGCUCUUGAAGAUGCCUUGACCAGGACAUUAGUGCAAUUCAGAUUUCAGAACGUGAAAGAAUGGUGGACGGGCAUGUUUGAGGACUAUCUUGGAAUCGAUAUUGGCACCACUUUUAAGAUUGUGCUGUGUAUUACGUGCAUAGUAUCAGUCGUGGCGACAGAGCUGUGGACACGUAUCGGAUGGUUCACACAGAUAAAGAGACUCUGUAUACUAAGCUUUAUUGUGAGCGUGGGCUGGAACUGGAUGUACUUAUACAAGGUUGCUUUUGCGGAACGUCAGGCAGAACUGACAAAGAUGCACAAGUUUGAUGGCAGCUGUGGUGAGAAGAUAAGCUGGUCUGAAAGUCUGUUCGAAUGGUGGAAGGGGGCUUCUACUUUCCAAAAUGAUCCCUGUGAAGAAUAUUUUAAAGCUCUAAUGAUAAGUCCAGCACUCAUGGUCCCACCUACAAAGGCUCUGGCACUUACAUUCACAGACUUCAUAACAGAACCCUUAAAACAUGUGGGGAAAGCAAUCGGAGAGUUCUUAAAAGGCUUGCUGUCAGAGAUUCCAGUUUUCUAUCAACUGCUAGUACUUAUUCUCAUAGCAGUUAUCAUCAUUGCUUCAUGUUAUGGGGCAACCAAAUCAAUUAGUGAGAUUCUUGUGCACAGGAACCAUGGAGAUACACAGCGGGAGAGACUGCCACCUGCAGAGCCACAGAGACCACGCUAUGGAAAUGUUAUUGAAGGAUGGCAUCAGCAGCCCUACAAUAUAGAACCACAAUAUGAGCCACUUGACAGAUAUCCCCGACAUCAGAGGCCAGAGAGCCUGCAAGCAAUGGACAGAAAUAAUCCGCAUUUUCCAAGUGCUUUAUGUUAUGGGGCAACCAAACCAAUUGGUGAGAUUCUUGUGCACAGGAACCAUGGAGAUACACAGCGGGAGAGACUGCCACCUGCAGAGCCUCAGAGACCACGCUAUGGAAAUGUUAUUGAAGGAUGGCAUCAGCAGCCCUACAAUAUAGAACCACAAUAUGAGCCACUUGACAGAUAUCCCCGACAUCAGAGGCCAGAGAGCCUGCAAGCAAUGGACAGAAAUAAUCCGCAUUUUCCAAGUGGUACAGAGGUGGACUCUUCUUCGAAAGAUAAGGAUAGUGGACAUGGACAGAAGAUGGAGUUUACAGAGGACAGCAGAGGAAAAACGGACAAACCUGUAGAACUGAGCUCUUCUGGAAAACAGAGAAAAGAAGAGCUUCCAAAGGACACAUCUGAUGGUCCAAGUCAAAGCGAAAAGGAGCAACGGCAAAGGAAAGAAGAUCCUAUAGAGCAGAAGUCUUUGACUAAAAAUCAUAUGACACAUGACUCUCCACUGGAAAUAACUAAUAGUACACAACAAGGCAAAGCAGAGCAUGUACACAAGAGAUCUUUUAGUCAAGAGCAAAUGGUGGAGGUGGAGACUUUACUUCAGAAUACUUAUGGUGAACAUCAAAAGACUGAGGAGCCUCUUGAAAGAUCUUCUAGUCAACUGCAAGGGAGAAAGGACUUUUUGGAAGAUACCGGUAUAAUGAAGGAAGGGCACCUACAGGACAAAUUAUUAGAGCUAAAAGGUGAUUUGAAAAAGGAGCCCUCAGAACAGAAGAUGAAUAGAGAAGAAGUGUCUACGGGUUGUGAAGCACCAAUCAGCAGCUGAGGUACAUGCAGCGGAAUCGGCAGCUACAUCCAUCAUAGCCGUGUGUCUGUGUACUGAGCUGUAAUGACGGGAGGAGAUUAGAAGUUUUGUUUUUUUUGUUUUAGGUUGGACUGCUAUCAUUUUAUUACUACUUACAAAAUUUUAUAGUAUUUCUACUCCUCUAAUUUCCUGCAAUACAACUGCUUAAUCUGAAAAUGAUAUAAUGUUGUGGAAUAAGGACAUUUUGUGUGGAGAAGAACCUUACAUCUGCCAUAUUCCUCAGUAUUAGCA